AUGCUAUUUAUUGCAACAUUUCGGCACGUUUGCAUUGCUGCCUCAUCACUCCCAGCAGGUGCAUUGGUAAUAUGUGUUCUAUUAUGUUUGGCUACAAAUUCAUGCGUCCAGACUCAUUGCACGGAUGCCAAUUUUCUACCGUCCCUAAGCGCUGCUGUUGGCAGCAAUGAACCUCAAAAGACGAUAUGGAUCAUAUCGAUUCUUAUUAGUUCGGCUUGGAGGCUGUUGAUUCUAUUAAAUAGUUACAUAAAUUCCCGUAAAUUCAAUUCAUUCUCAGGCGGUCAUUUAUCCCUUUCCAAUUUGCCAUAUCUAUCAAGUUUUAUUGAAAUAUUUUCACUCAAUAUGCUUAGCAUUGUUUCUUCAUCUGAUAACUACAUUCAGCACCGCAAUUACUUCUGUGCCUUUGCUUUGUUCUCGGUGGUCUACAUGAUAACAGAUGUUUACGUAUUACAACUUAAGCUUAAAACAACUGAAAAUGCUUUUCUGAGUAACAUAUUACGAAAGAAGAUAUAUCUUAUGGCGUUCUACUUAAUUUGUUUGUUGAUUGAUGGACUGUGUUAUUGGAUUCACAUGACAUUUUGUCCUCCAUAUGCUUAUACUAUAUUUUCUGCAGUUGAAUAUGCUGCAAUAUUUGCAAACAUUUUUUAUCACUAUACAACCUCCAGUACAUUUGAAGAUAUAUCAGUGAGGAAAAUGAUCAUUUACUUUUCCACCGGUCGAACUAUUCCGUUCGUCAAUAUGAAGUCAGAACUACCAUUGUUGGAAGUAAAAUGA